AUGCUGUCUCUUGCUGCUUCCUUGUCAGCCCGCUUGGUGGCGCGCAGUGCGCCGGCCUACACGGCCGCUUUGACCAUGUCAGCCCGCCGUAACUUCUCGAUGACUACUCGCGCUCUUGGCGUGAUCAAGGUGCCUGAGAUGGCCGAGUCGAUUACCGAGGGUACGCUCAAGGAGUGGCACAAGAAGGUGGGUGACUACAUCAACGCCGAUGAGGAGGUUGCUACGAUUGAGACCGACAAGAUCGAUGUUGCUGUGAACUCGCCUGAAGCUGGUGUCCUAGCGGAGGUGUUUGCCCAGGAGGAGGACACGGUCGAGGUUGGCAAGGACCUCUUCAAGAUCGAGCCUGGUGAGCCGCCAAAGGACGAUGGCAAGAAGUCGGACUCUCCGAAGGAGGAGUCCAAGGAGGACGACUCGAAGAAGGAGGAGCCCAAGAAGGAUGACUCGAAGAAGGAGGAGCCCAAGAAGGAUGAGUCGAAGAAGGAGGAGCCUAAGAAGGACGACUCGAAGAAGGAGGAGCCUCGGGAGGCGCCUAAGAAGGAAGAGCCAAAGAAGUCGGAGCCCAAGAAGUCGGAGCCCAAGAAGGAGGCUAAGAACGACCAGCCCAAGCCUGCGGCUGGUUCACGUAACGAGAACCGUGUGAAGAUGAACCGCAUGCGCAAGCGCAUUGCGGAGCGUCUCAAGGAGUCGCAGAACACGGCUGCGUCGCUCACGACGUUUAACGAGAUCGAUAUGACCAACCUGAUGGAGUUCCGUAAGCGCCACAAGGACCGUAUCCUGAAGGAGCGUGGUACGAAGAUUGGCUUUAUGGGUGCCUUUACCAAGGCGUGUGCCAUGGCCAUGAAGGAUAUCCCGGCCGCCAACGCGAGCAUUGAGGGCGAGGGUCUGGGUGACACCAUUGUCUACCGCGACUAUGUCGAUGUGGGUGUGGCUGUGAGCACGGAAAAGGGUCUCGUGACGCCUGUCGUGCGCAACGCCGAGUCGCUGAGCAUUUUGGAGAUCGAGGACGAGAUCCAUGCGCUUGGUCUCAAGGCGCGUGACAACAAGCUCUCGCUGGAAGAGAUGACCGGUAGCACCUUCACGAUCUCCAAUGGUGGUGUGUUUGGCUCGCUCUUCGGUACGCCGAUCCUCAACCUGCCUGGCUCGGCCAUCCUCGGUAUGCACGCUGUGAAGCAACAGCCGUACGUUGUGGACGGCAAGAUUGAGAUCCGCCCGAUCAUGGUCGUGGCGCUGACGUACGACCACCGUCUGCUCGACGGUCGUGAGGCUGUGACGUUCCUGGUCAAGCUUAAGCAGUACAUUGAGGACAUGCCUAGCAUGCUCUUGUAA